AUGUUCCGCGGUAAAGGUUCGGCUCGGGGGCUGUUAAACCCUGGCGCAGUGACCCUUCCGCUGUUCCACGUGCGCGAAGGGUUUUGCGCUUCGUUCUCCGCGCCCGGGGGAGGGUUUGUUGCGCCCGCGUCGUCCGCGCGACCGAGGCGUCGGGUCGCCGCCCCCGCGUUCGCCCCCUUCCUGAAGACCGCGGCUGCGCCGCCCGCAGCCCCCUCUACCCCUUCCGCGGCCGAACCUGCGCCAAUCGCAACCGGAUCUGCGCCACCCACAACGUCCUCGGUACAAGCAGCCCCUUUAUCGUCCACAGUUGCGUUUAAGCAGUCACUUAAUGACUCUAUACUGUCGGCUAUUGGUGCCAAGCCCGCUGCUGUUAACCCGAUUCCCGCCACCGCCAAGCCUCCCUCGCGCAGACUCCCCGCGUAUUCCCGUUCCGCUUCCCGAACCCGCUCCGCCUCGUCCGCACCCUCCGCUCCCCCGGCGCACCUUCGCAGUCCCGAUCUCGUUGCGCCGCAAUCCCUCCCCGCGCGCCCCACCUCCCCCACGCCCACGCUCCCCCCUUCUCCCGCUCGCCAAGCCCCUCACUUCGCCCCCUUGCCCGAGCGCAAGGCUCCGCCCGCCCUUUCCCCCGCUCUCCCGCAAGAGCUCCAGCCUGCCGGCCGCUCCGCCGGCCGGCCGCGGCGCCUGCCGGCCGUGCACGCGCUGGCGGACGGCGCGCUGGCGCUGCUGGUGCCGCUGGCGGGAUCCGGGCCGCAGGUGCUGCAGAUGCUGGGCGGCCCGGCGGCGUGGGUGAGGCGGUUCGUGGUGUCGAUGGGUCUGGCCGUGGCGCUGUACAGUGUGAGCGUGAUCGCUGCCGUGACUGCCGCGUUCUACUGGGCCUGGUGGCCGAUCUGGCGCGCUGUGGCGAAGAACCUAGCGAUGCGCGUUCGGUACAGACAUGCUGGUGAGUGCAAUGGGGGAGGAGGGGGAAGUGGGGUUGUGGAAGGCGCGGCUGCUGGUCUCGUGUUCCUCUCACGCUCUAAUGCGAAUUCUGUCUUUGGUCUUUCUCUCUCUGCCCUCCUGUUUCCCUCCAAUCAUCAGGGGUUGUGGAAGGCGCGGCUGCUGGACUUGCAGGUGGUGCGUGUGGGGAGGCAGACCAGGUGGCGCGUGCUGAUUGGCGACCACAGCCGCACUACCCUGGAGAUGGAAGUGGUGCCGCCUCACAAGAGUGUGCGCCUGAGCCGCGGCGACCCAGUGGAGCUUCUUGUCCUAUCUGACUGCCCCUCACUCUCGCGUUUCCGUGCCGCCCGGGAGAUCUUCUUCCCCCAGCGGUCCCUUUGGCUGGUGGGGGACAAGCAGGCGUGUGUGGAGCGGUCAGUGUUUGAGGAGAUGCGGAGAAAGGUGGCUUUAAGAGCUGCGGUGGAGGAUGGGGAGGACAGUGAGGGGGAGGACUGGGACGGGCUGUACUCGCUUUUGACUGAUGAGAACGAGCAGCUGCUGCAGACUUAUAGCUAUAACGAGGCGUCUAAUAUGCAGGCGGAGAUGGAUGGUGGCGGGGGGAAGGGUGUUGGGGGGAGCCUGGGGGGAGGGUUACCUGGGGUGGUUGGUUUUGACGGGGUGGCUGGGGGUAUGUCUGGGGGAGGCGCGUCUCUGGGCGGAAUCACUUCUUUCCCUGAAAAUUUGGGGGUAAAGGAGGAGCAGGAGUUAAUGUCCCAUCAGGGGUUGCUGGAUUACUCUGCGAUGGAGGGAGCAGGUUCGGGAGGGUUCAGAGAACCGACGCUGGUCAGUAGCUUCGGCGGCGGAGGCUCGGUAGGGGCAGUAGCGGAUGGGUUGGCAGCUUCCUCGUCGUGCCUCAUGGAUGGUGGAGGCUCGGGGCCGCUGUCUGUUCUUCUGAGUGACAGCCAGGAUUCGGAGCUGCUGGAAAGGUUAAGGGAGGUGUGA